AUGCUGCGCUGCGUGUUGCUGAGUGCUGACCCGAGCCGACCAAUUCACUGCCCGACGGAGACGGGCGGCGGGAAGUUUUGGUUGUGCGUGGCGGCAGCGCACCCUCCCCUGUUCGCUUUCGCUUGCGAGGUCGAAGACAGGUAUCGAGUACUCAAUGCCACGCCCAAGAUAGCCGCAGUCGCGUGUACCAAUACGAAUGGUGCCGCCAUCCCGGGUGUGGCUGUUCCAGUUCGCGCUCUGCCUCUUUUUUGCUUUCGGCCGUCGCCGCCCAGAACAACUUUCACUUGCAAGUUGCGGCUACGGUACUCGUCCGGGCCACUGCCCACAUCACGAAAAGGUCCCUCCGAAAAGGCUCACUGGUCUCCGUCCGAGCUUCAUGGAGGUGGUCAAGGAGGUGGUGGAAGGGAGUCUACGGCGUUUGGCCAUGCGCUGACAUCAAGCCGUCCCAUUCUCGCGGCUCCAAAUUCUGUUCAGCUCGCCCCCGAAGCGGAAGUUGUGCCGUCGUCCGUUGUUCACGGCAUUAACAUCUGGAAAAGACUUUUCGUCCAGGGAGCCAGAGCCAGAGCCAGAGCCAGACCCGACGGCAACUUCAGGUGUCUCGUUCGCUCCCGACAUUCCGCACUGAACUGGGCCCUCAAUUUGGUCAGUGGUUAG